AUGAGAAACAUCGUAUCUCUUCUUCUUCUCUUUUGUUUGUUUAUCAUAGUUGUCUCUGGUCAUCAUCGUCACGAUUACUACGAGGAUCCAGUUGGGGAAGAUGAUGAAGCAGAUAACAGGGAAUUGAUCAACAACAAGAUAAUGUUAUUUUCCAUGGUUUUCUUUUCACUAAUCCUAGUUCUUGUUGUCUUCUCACAUUACUUCUACUCCACAUGUGUCCACAUUCGACGCCAAUCUCGCCGUAGAGAAGCCAUUAAUCGAGUCAGCAUCACCCUGCAACAGCUCCAUCUCACCGAGCCACCCACUGCAGGGCUUGACGUCUCCUUCAUCGCAGCGCUUCCGGUGUUUGUCAUUGAAUCAAAACCUCAAGAAGAUCAAGAUCAUGAUGUCCCUUUUUGUGUUGUGUGCUUGAGUGAUUUGGAAGAGAAACAAGUAGCCAAGUUGCUUCCGAAUUGCAACCACUCUUUCCAUGUUGAUUGCAUAGAUACUUGGUUGGGCUUGCACACCACAUGCCCUUUGUGUCGUGCUUGGGUACAACCACAGUUGGAGCCGCAGAACCGUGAGGGCCCUACACCUGGAAGGGCAAUCGACGGUCCGCAACCCUCCUUGGUUCUACCCAUCUCGGAACCCUCUGAAGGCACGUCAGAGGGUGGUGUUGUUGAGGAACCCAAAAUUGAUGGUUUGGGUUCGCAAUUAAGCUCGUUCCGAAGGGUUCGUAGCAUGGAAAGAUCUUUGAUCCAAGCGUAUAGCCAUGAUGUUGUUGAUGAAGAUUUGGAGAGGCAAUGA